AUGAUCAGUAAUAGGAUGGGAGUAAAGAGAGUCACUAACCACUCAAAAUAUCUAGGCCUACCAGUUGUUCUGGGUCGUUCAAAAAAGGAGGUUUUUUGUUUGGUCAUGGAGCGCAUUUGGAAGAAGACGAAAGGCUGGAAGGAAGGGUUUCUUUCAAAUGUUGGGAGAGAGGUACUCAUCAAAGUUGUGGCACAUGCGAUACUUAGCUACAUCAUGAGUAGCUUUAAGCUUCAUGUUGGUGUCUGUCUGGAAAUUAAACAACUCAUGGUGCGUUUCUGGUGGGGUGCCAAGGAAGGGGAGAUAAAGGUUAACUGGAUGUCGUGGGACAAGCUCUCAGAUGAAAAAGUUAUUGGAGGAAAGGGAUUUGGGGGUAUUGUUGACUUCAACUUAAACCUGAUAGGAAAAAAAUAUGGCGCAUUCAAAGGGAGGAAUGUUCACUGCUUUGUAGGGUUUAGAAGAGUAAGUAUUUUCCAAAUUGUGCGGUUCAUGAGGCCAUUUUGGGACAUGGCCCUAGUUUUGCACGGAUAA